AUGAGGAAGGAGGGCCUGAAGAUGACGCGAGGGGGUUUCAGCGUCACCGCGGCCGGCGCAGCGCUCGCCGCCCUGCUCGCAGGCCCAAGCCAGGCGGAGGGGGCGGGGAAGAGGACGGUGGUGUUGACCGGCGCCAGCAGCGGGAUUGGACUUGAUGCCGCAACGAAGCUGGUGGCGAUGGGGCACGACGUGCACGUGGCCUGCCGCACGGAAGCCAAGGCCAAGGCGGCGGCCGAGGCGUCGGGGGCCGCGGGGGCGUUCGCGUGUGAUCUGUCCUCCUUGGAGAGCGUUCGAGGCUUCGUCGACGCCUGGAAAGGGAAGCCCAUCGACACGCUGUGCCUCAACGCUGGCAUGGCCCCCAGCACAAAAGGCUCUCCUGGCUACUGCACAGAAGGCUUUGAGGAGACCGUAGGGACUAACCACUUGGGCCAUUUCCUCCUUGCCAACCUUCUCAUCAAGCCGCUGGAGGCCGGUGCCCUUCGAACUCCGAGGCUUGUGGUGACCGCGAGCAGCGUCCAUGACCCGGACACUCCAGGGGGCAACCAAGGCUCCAAGGCGACGCUGGGAGACAUGGGCGGGCUGGAGCGAUAUGUCGCUGCGGACGGCGACUCCAAGAAAUUCGACAUGGUAGAUGGUGGCGAAUACGACGGGGACAAGGCUUACAAGGACUCGAAGCUCUGCAACGUCCUGUUCACGCUGGAGGCGCAGCGGCGACUGUCUGCGAGACGGUCCGCCGUUAAGGUGGACUGCUUCUCUCCGGGGCUGAUCCCCAGCAGCGGCUUGUUCCGGAACCAGAACCCGAUCUUCUCCAAGAUCUUCGACUUCGCGGCCACCAACCUCAUCAAGGUGGCAGCCACCGUGGGACAAGGGGGGGACACCUUGGUGGAGAUGGUGACGGAGCUCUCCCUGCAGGACGGGGCGGCGGGCGGUAGGUUUUUCGCGACGGAGCCGGGGAAACCCGAGUCGGCGUUCUCGGAGCAGGCCGUUUCGGUAGAGGCGCGGGACGUGGCCAAGGGCAAGAGGUUGUGGGAACUCAGCGCUGGGUGUGUCGGCCUGGACCCCAAGACUCCCAUUUAGACCCUCCAUGGAUGGUCAUUAGGCGGCCUUGGGUUAUACGAAAGUACGCGCCAUCCCUUAGAGAACCUGGGAGUUCCUUGAAAAAAAUCCAGGUAGAGAAAAAAAAGUUGACCUUUACGAAGAAUUGCUCAGUUGAGAAUCCUGCACCACACCAACAUAGUCGGUGUUGGGAUACGACACAGAGGAAAAUAGCCGCGAUCCCGGCGCAAAAAUAAGAGGUUCUUGAUCGCUGACGACGCAUCUUGUGCUCGAGACGUUUCGGGCGUGGAUGGCCGGCACGCGUGUCGGUGUGAGGUUUGAGGACGCCCCCGAGGCUGUCUUUCAUUUAUGUCUGUAGCAUGGAAGCCGUUUUGACAGUC